UAUCAUAGCGUUAUGUUCUCAUUGAUAUGGUUCGAAGUAACACAAAUUUUACCUGCAGAUAAGAGUUGGGCAAAUUGUGCAAACUAGCCGGAUCACAAGUAGUGCAAUAGUCAUCGUGAAUCGACAUGCAUUCUUCUUUAAUAAUCGUGAUCUUUUGCUGCUGCUUUGGAAGACUAGUGGAAGCUUCUGAGAGGUGCGAUUCUAGCCUCAGCUGUUACAGCGGUACAUAUUGCUGUAUAGACACUAACUACCUACGUACUAGCUACAAAUGCUGUCCUAGCGCGACAUCCGCCCCAGAAUACUCGAGUACUGGAGGAAUAGCAGGCGGAGUCGUCGGUACGAUCUCAUUUAUCAUCUUUAUCGUCUGCUGCGGCGUUUGCUGUCGUCGUCGUCGUCUUCGUGCGGUCAUAGUGCGAGAAGCCGCUGCGAACCCUAGCAUCACCGUCAUAUCUAACAAUCAACAGAUGGCAAAUAUGAUGCCUCAACCAAUGGCAUACGCCCCGUAUCCCGGGCAACCCGCCCCGUAUGCCGGACAACCUGGUCCGUAUGCCGGACAACCUGGUCCGUAUGCCGGACAACCUGGUCCGUAUCCCGGACAGCCCGCUCCGUAUCCAGGACAACCAGGCGGCUACCCACAAUCCCCGCCUCAAUACGCACCGGCGUAACGCGACUUCAGGUGCGAGCGUGUUGCAAAGUAGACUAUAAUACCAUGUUAUGGCGAUUAGUUUCAGGAGCAAUGUUAGUGGUAUAUCGUGCGCAAUUGUGUAUAUGGUUAAUGUAAUUAUUUAAAUGAGGUUUAUUAUAAAUAAACAUGUGUACUCUCUCAACAGGACAAAUUCAAUAUCAGUAUUGUCAAGAUUAAGUUUCAAGUAAUGUGUAUCAAACGUGUCACUUUCUUGUUGUAGCUUCAAUUUCAUUGCGUUCAUUAAUUGAAAAGUUUCAUCACUUUGGUAACAUUUUCACAACGAGUUUCUAUUAUUCGUUAUACAUUAAUGAACACGUGCUUUAAAAGAUAUCAUGUAAGCGUUUUAAAUAAGUUGUACAGUUAUAUAUCUUUUUUGUAUUAUGCUAUGGUAAAAUCCAAAUUUAAAAAAUCACUCAAUUGUACCGCCUCUUUCUGAUUGGUUGUUCUUCUGUGCGAAAUACAUUUUCGUUUACGUUUCCAAAAAAAGAAUGUGCAUUAUGGUUUUGUAAAUGUACCAUUACUAUAUAAUGUAUAACCGUACAGUUAGUCUGGUACCCGGUUCGUGCCGACAUGACACACCAGUUGGGGUUUUGGAUACUUUCAUUUUCCAUUUGUUGUGUCUGUGUUGCAACAAUUCUUUUUGUAAUUCAGUGUGAUCCAUUUAUAAUUCAAACGCCACAAGCCAGCGAUUAUUAAUACUCCCUCCAAAAUACUGCAUUAUAUGUGAAAGUUGUUUUUACAAUUUCAAGUAGAUAUGGUGUACACAUAUGGUUUUCUUGGUAGUCGUUAUCCUUGAUCAUUGUAUCUGUCAUGCAAGAGCCGUAGUCCAACGUUCCAAGUUUGUAUCGCAUGUUAAACAAUCGUGUACAAGGCCAAAGGUGUAUGUUAUCUAUGCCGACAUCAUAAAACAAUUACAUGGAAAAUAUCCAGCUGAAUAUUAGAACGUUGAUGUCGGUACAGGGACUUCUCUGACAUGUUUAGAUUAAGAUUAAUUUGCAUCAUUAUGAAAUAUUAAAGUCCAGUGUAAGAAAAAAAAAUUGUAUACAGUAAUACAUCAAACGAUGUGAGCGUAAAAUCACUUUCAUGUUGUUAAGAAGAUUGACUGAAGUGAAGAAUUUGUUUAACAGUAAUAGAAAAAGUUAUUUGAAAAAAUGAAGACUAUUUUCACAGAAGGAAACUAAAUGUAUAUGUAUACGCGUAUAUGAAGCUUAUCCCAUUUAUGCCUAGCGUCUAGAAAAAAAGCCCUGGCAAACAACGUAGACCCAGAUGAGACCCCGCAUGAUGCGGCGUCUCAUCAGGGUCUGCGUUGUUUUCUCAAAGGAAUUUCUGUAAUAAAUAUUCCAAAUAUAGAAAUAAAUAUACUAGACAUCCCUAAUUUUGGAAAUAAAUUGAUCCAAUGGAUGGGAGAUUCCACUAGGCAUAAAUGGUAUAACCUUGUGGAAUAGUGAUGAUGCAAGCCAUCGUGGUGUCUUUUUGGACAUUGCCUGACUCCACGAUCAUGUUUUGCAAUAUGAAAUAUGUGUAGUAACUAGAUGAAUAAGUUGCUUUAAACACGAUUGUAUGCUUUCAAAAAUGUCA